AGGAUGUUUAAUCAUUUGCCAUUUUAGGGUUUUGGGUUUAAUCUUUUUUCUCUUCUCUGAAGAAACCUCACAAAAUGGCGAAGAACAGAAACAAGAAGAAGCGAGAUGGAGCCGUGUCGAUGGACAUAACCGAACCAACCGUUUCAGAUAUGGCUGAAGCAAUGGACACAUCGGAAUCUGGAAGUCAAAAGCUAGCUUCUAGUAUGCUCAAUAUAAGGAUCAAGAAGGGAAGACCAAUGAAGAGGUCAAAGAAUGUGCGAAAGAAGAAAGCUAUAGAAAAAGCUAUAUCAAAAAAUGAAAAGUAUGUGGAGAAGAGUUUGAAGAAAGAAAGCAAAUCAUUGAAAACUCAAUCAGCUAAAUUACUAUACGAUUGAUUCUGGUUUAUCAAGAUCAUCUCUGUGAAAGGGGCUUUGAGGGUGAUUACAAUGCCAGAGUAUUUUUUUUUUUAUUAGUCGAGUUGUAGGGUUGUAUAAUUAGUUGAUUGUUUAAGUAUCCAACUAAUGGAAUUUUCAUUUCGAUUCAGUCAAUAUCCUAAAAGAUUUCUAUGUAUAGCAUGAGCAUUUUCCAAUUCACAAUUUUGUAGUAGGAGACAUCACAGUGAACAGAAAUCAAAAUUUAUGUUGUUCUAAGCUUGAUUCCCUUGGCUCUCAGUGAUUGAUGCUGCAGAAUAUUAAUCUAUUCUUUUACCUUUAUAUUGCUGUAGUUAAUCUAAAUUUUGGUCUGUUUUUAACAAGUGGAGAACAAACUUGUGUAAGUUGGCCUUAUAUCAAGCCUUUGUGUUUUGGUCAGCCCUCCAGAAUGAAGCUAAACUUGAUCCAGGAAGUGGGCUUCUGGGUUGAAUUCUGGGCUGUGGGCUCUACAAAUUCCAACUAAAAGUCUGUUACUUUCGAGGAAUUUUGAACACAUUGCCCAUAUACCAUGUCAAACUCAGAAAACUUUUGGUAAAAGCAAAACACUUCAGAGUUCUCCAAGCUUCUUUCAAUGGCUUCUUCUUCAUCAGCAUCCAUGAGCAGGACCUGCUUUUACUGCAAGACUGUCUGCACCAUCCUCAGGCCUGGCUGGCCCCUCCAGAAUGGCGGCUCUGCUUUGCUUUGUAUCCGUUGCGCUUCUGCUUAUGAGGAAGGAACAUUCUGCAAUAUUUUUCACCUGGAUGUCAGUGGUUGGAGAGAUUGUGUUACUUGUAAGAAGAUUGUUCACUGUGGAUGUAUCAUGUCAACCCAUACACAUAUUGAAUGGGAUUCUGGAGGUGUAAGAUGUACUGAAUGCAUAGCAAAUGAAAUCCUUAAGGGAGCACACAGAAGCAGAUUUGAAUUCAAGAAUACUCGUCCCAGGACUCUGCGGGACCUACCAGAAAUUAAACUAUAUGUUGACUUGGGCAAAGUGACCACUGGGAUCACCACUGGAACACCAUCACAAAAAGAUGCUCCUUCAUGUGAAAGUAGAGAACAAUUGUACCCUAAUUCACCUGAUGAUAUACCUGACAGUUCUACUGUUAAUAAGAAGUGUCAAGGUGAUGGUCCUAGGAAAAUCCAUUCAUAUCGUCAUUACUUGCCUGAGGUAAGUGAUGAAGAUCUGCAGCAUAUCCAAAGAGACUCAAAGUCUGUUGUCAUUCCUUUGUUUGAAAAGGAAUUGACUACCAGUGAUGCAGAUCCCAAGAAUUCGCGUCUGGUAAUACCUAAAAAAUGUGCAUGGGAUUAUCUUCCAAAAAUCUCUGAGCCCAAAGGAAUUCCCAUUAAAAUCCAAGAUACAAGCGGAAAAUAUUGGAAUUUUAGCUACCGGUUUUGGUCCAAUAGGAACAGCACAAUGUAUGUUCUAGAAGGAACUAGAGAUUACGUGGCUGAGAAUCAAUGCCGACCAGGUGACAAAGUUACAUUUUAUCGAAUAGAUCCAGAAGGACAGUUGGUCAUCGGAUUGAAAAAAGCUCAAGCAAGUACAUCAGAUCAAGAGAAAAUCCAGAGAGUUAUGGGCAAUACAUGCUGAGAACAAGAGGGAGUUCAAAAUGAUGUUCCAAAACAAGGAUUAUUGUCCUUUCAAGACUAUUGUGAAUCUUGUGCUCUCCAUGGAUGCUAGUGAAGCUAUUCUUGGCGUGAGACUGAAGCCAGUCUUUCUGUGUAAACUUAAAUUAUCCUUUUCCCUUUAUUUAUGAAAACUGCCUAUUUACAAGUAAAACAAGUUUUCUGUUUCAUUUCGUAGUUUCUCAGAUUGCCUUCAUAGAAAAAAUUUAUGUUAAAUUUUGGUUUCUAUUGGUAAUGGAAGCAUUUUAUUAGUAAAGGUGAGGCUGUUAAGAAGCUAUACUGGUGAACCAAAGUAUAAAAUAAAAACCCUCUGUUUGGUUGGGUAUAAAUUAUCAAUCAAUACAGCCAUAGCUGCACCAAAUGCGAAUUGAUCUCUUUUCAAAAACAUAUACAAUGCGAAAGCAAAAAGUGCAGGAAACUUGAAUCUGUAGACAAUAAUAUGAAAUAGAUCUUCUUAUGUUAGUGAAUGCUGUGUCUGUUGACAGUUGACACUAGGAAUUCUGUGUUUUUCUUUCAAACUUUUAUCUAGGGUUGAUAAUGGGCAAGGUUGGAUGAACAGAAGAUACCACAAGGUGUAACUCUGAACCGAAUGGCCUUGAUUUUUUUUUUUUUCCAAAUAAUGGAUAUGUAAUCUUCACCAAGCAAAGAACAGUCCUAAGCCUCCAAAAUGUUCCACCUAAAACAAAUUUGUCAUUUGGGAAUGAUUAAAAUUAAGGGAUAUUCGAUUUGCUUAAAAUAUUUAUAGAUUGUAUGAUAUACAUAGUUGUAAUCUUAUAGCUUAUUGCUUAAUCUUUAAUUUGUAGGACUCUUGUAUUAAAUUUAGUCAGCUAGUCUUACUAGACCUACGAUUGCAUGCCCACAGACUGCAGUGCAUCAAUGAUGAGUUUUAAUCAAUCUAGAAAAUCUAUUAAGACUUAAGGUUGUAAUCUCAUAGUGUCAUGAAUAACAAUCAAAGAGGCAAACUACUUUUUGAAAUCCUUUAGCCACUUGUUCUGUUGAAUUUGCUGCUAUGCUAUCAAGAUUACAUUUUAUUGCUGUCUAAAGGUGCUCUUGUCAACGGAAGAUGUGAGGAUAGAUCAAAAGACAUAAUUUUGUAAAUGGUGAAUGGAAAGAUUGUCAAAUAAUCAAUUGGAAUUUCCUUGGGUCUGGUUCUUUGUAUUCAAUAAAUCAAAUCAUUUAGUUCUUCGGUUGUGGUAUUUCUUGAACUUGUGCCUUGAGCCUUAAAUAUUGUAGAAAACUGAUAAGUUGGGAAUAUGGAAUUCUGAAAGUGAAGAUUUAUGUGAGGUUCAAAUUAUUUGCAUGCAGCAACAAAUAUUUAUCUUUAUAAGGAAGAUUUGGCAGUUAUGGACAAGCUGAAAGUAGAAGUGAUAGCAAACCCUUCUUUACCUAGAGAGGUUGACGCUGCCUAAGGAAUUUUUGCUGUAAAAUUUAGCCAACUCAAUAGUUAUUUCAUUUCACAAUAAUCUGUUUUUCUUUCAUUUUGGUCUGGUGGGAAUUCUAAUUUAGAUUGGUUGUUCCAUGAUUCUAGUAGAUUGUGCCAAAUUUAAAU